GUCACCCAGACCGUCGGAGACACUCCCUGCAUCCGAAUCUCCAAGGCCAUCUGUCCUACAGGUAGGACUAUCUAUGCCAAGCUCGAGUACUUCAACCCGCUUUCGAGCGUCAAGGACCGGUUGGCUUGCGGCGUUAUUGAGGAUGCCGAGCGUAGAGGGCUCCUCAAACCCGGAGACACCGUGAUAGAAGCGACGUCUGGAAACACAGGCAUCGCCUUGGCAAUGGUGUGCGCGCAGCGGGGCUACAAGUGCGUCAUCACGAUGGCUGAGUCCUUCUCCUUGGAAAGGCGAAAGCUGAUGCGCUAUCUGGGUGCUCGGGUCAUCGUCACGCCGCGGGCUGGCAAAGGUACCGGCAUGGUGGUCAAAGCUCAGGAGCUUGCCAAAAAGCACGGUUGGUUUUUGUGCCAUCAGUUCGAAAGCUCAGCGAACUGCGAGUUUCACUAUAACACCACCGGACUGGAGAUACUCAGCGACUUCGAGGAUGCACAGCUGGACUACUUCGUCCUCGGUUACGGGACUGGUGGAACCUUUGUCGGGGCGGGGCGGCGUUUGCGAGAACACCGACCUGAGGUGAAGAUCUGCCUGGCAGAGCCCGCGGAGGCGCCUCUGCUGGCUUCCGGGCAGAAAAGUGAGCGGAGAGCAGAUGGCUCCGCCACAGGCUCCCACCCCUUCUUCGCUCCUCAUCCCAUUCAAGGAUGGACUCCUGAUUUUAUCGCCAAAAUUGUCGAGGAUGGUGUGGAUGGUUCACCAGGGUAUGACGAGUACAUGGCCGUACCAGGCUCGGCCGCAGUGAACAUGUCGCAGAUGCUUGCAAGAACGCAGGGCAUCUUCACGGGCAUAUCUGGAGGGGCCUCCAUGCAUGCAGCGGUCGAGUUGGCGAAGAAGGCACCUGAAGGGUCUGUUUUGCUGGUCCUGCUUGCGGACACUGGCGAGCGAUACUUUUCGACCCCUCUCUUCGCCAACAUCAACGAAAGCAUGAACGAGGAAGAGCUGGUGAUUUCCAGAUCCACUCCCAGUUUUCAGAUGUGA